AUGACGGAGACGCUGUUGAGCAUCACGGAGGGCACGCCGAAUCGGAGCACCAUCGUAGCGUCUACAGACCUGAAUGACGGGAUGGGCAUCCAGUCAUACGACGGCCUGCUGCAGGAGACGGACAACACGAGCAUUGGGCCAUACGGUCGCAGUUUGGAGCAUCUGGACAGCAACAUUGCGGCGGUGACGAGCUUGUUCCCGUGCGGCCCGACCUAUCAUGGACACAAGAGCGCGAGCUACAUCGACCAUUUGACUAUAUCGGCGCCGUGGUUCGUUCGGGUUCAACGGUGCGCGAUUGCCUAUAACGUCACACGACGAGUACUGGUAAUCCCGAGUGUGGCAAUCCUCGAUCAAAUGAUUAUCGUAGCAGAGCUAGACUACCAGCUCAUGUUCUCGGCGCCACGACAAAACAGUGUUUCCUGGGAUGUUCUCUCGCUCAGCAAGGUCAUGAAGAAUGGGGACGAGGCGGAGCAGUUCAGAGCAGAACGGUUACAACGAGGCAGCAGCUUGGAUGCGAUCACACUCUUGAAUCUUCUUGGAUGGAACUGGUCACUACACUCCAACAGUGCGCUCAGGCACGAUACUUUACAAGCAGAAAGGACCGGCCCGACUGGCAUGUACGCAUGGCACGUGAACGCGAAGCAGCACUACGGGCUCGCGCAGCGGUGCGUGACAAUUUGCAUGGCGAGUGCGAGAGCGUCCGAUAUUGACGACAGUGUACACGACGAUGCAAGGAAGCGAGGACGCGGGUCCGACUCGAGCGUGAAGCUGAUCUCAGGGACCAAUUGGACUCAGCACUAUGGGGCAUGGCGUGCGCGUUUCGAGAUGGCCGGCAUUGGACUACGAUCGAGAAAGCGCAACAUCUACGUACUCCCAGACUCCCAGCCUGACCGGCAGACCUGGGCCGAGGAUCUGGCACUCACGGGAGGUGAAGGCGGACUUGAAGCAGCACGUGUGGAUCGGGAUGCCUUCAUUGCGCUGGCGGCUGAGAUGGAUUACCCUUUCCAUCCUGAGAUGGAGCACUGGACCGAGGCGAAUACGGACCUGCAGCUGAUGAUCGAUACGUUCUCCCACAUCGCGACAAAGCGCGACGUGACGAACGCUUUCGCCAGUGUCGAUCAUGAGCACUUGGAUCAGACGGCCAUCAAUCUGUACGCUCCAGCAGACACGCAGGUCAUGAUGUCUCGUCACAGGCGGGCGGCAUGCGCGGUGAAUGCGCGCGACGGCGACGGCGCCUUCUGCAACAAAGCGGGGUGCUUCAUGGGCGGCUCCGACGCCGCGACGAAGUUCAGGGGGGCGUUUGAGCAGCCGGCGCAGGAGUGGAGGGAGGCCCUGUUCCCGACCUCCACGGUGCAUGAGUUGACGGCAGGCUGCCCCGUCGCGCAGAAGAACUGCGACCUCGGGGCGCGUAAGUAUGCAGAUGAUCUGAUUUGUGCGCAUGUUGUGCCUGAUGCAUACUGUGCUGCGGUGAAUUUGGACUGGUACAGAGUCGCGGAGAAAAGGUGGUCAGCCCAGGUUUCGCUGGUCGAGGAUCUCGGCGUUCCACCCGAGCCCUGCACUAUCAUCGGGCCCCCAUUUCAGUUCUGGCGAGUCUGCGCGUUCUUUGAUCGGAAGCGCCCGGCCUUGCAGAGCAGGGUGAUCGAGGCCAGGGUCUCGGGCCUUGAGGCGCGAGUUCUGUCUGGGGUCCAGGCUAAGAAGCUCGACUCUGUUGGUGUACGAUACGCGAGUGCACUGUGUCAGGGGAAGGUCAAGGUGGCGCCCCCCAGCGUGGAGAUAUUCAAGAACGAUCUGUUCUAUCUGGGGCGGCUCGACGAUAGGCCCGGGUUUCUGGGCGGCGUUGGCUGCGACUUCCCGAGGGUCUUCCAGGUUCUCGAGCUGAGCGCCCAGUUUCUGAAGUUCAACACAAAACGUCUGCGGAAGCUCUGGUUAGAGGCCCCGACGGACCAGGAGUGCUUCGAGGGUGGGUAUCUGUGUUCACUUCUCAACGGUGAUGGCCCUGAGCGCGGCAAGAGGCUCUUCGGCAUUGGGGGCAAACGGCAGCGUAGGCCACCAGGAGAGGGCAGGGGGAAGGGCUCGAAGAGGAUGGGCAGCAGCGAGCUCGACGACGAGACGUUCGAGGUCAAGCAGAUGCAGCGGUUCCUAUUGGUCAAGAUGCGCCUCAGUCUCAACCUGGCAAUGAGGAAGAGGCAGAUCGAGAUCAUGGAGCUGAAGACGGCCCUGAUGUCCACGGGGAUGCAGGUGGCGGUGAAGGCGAGGGUUCGGUUCAGAGCGUGGGUCAAGGCAGCGGAGGAGGCGUCGACGUCCUCGCCAGAGGCCAACAACGAGAAGAAGAUCAAGGAGAUGGGCACGAAAUCGGGAAGCGCGGUGGGCAGGUCCAAUCAGCAGCAGAUGGAGAAGCUGAGCAAACAGAAGGACGGCCCCAGCCUGGUAGAGAUGUGGGAUGCCGUCCUGCUCGCCAAGACGGCGCUGAGCUUCACGUCGCGCGCCAACCACUUCACGGUGCUCGCGGCGCUGGUGCAGGCGGGGGCGGACUUCAUGCAGGGCACCGCCCCCAUGGUGCAUCCAGAGCGGCUGCUGCGCACAGAGUGGCACGAGUUCGAGAAUGCGAUGCACGAGCGCCUCGCCGAGGCGGUGGGCGGCCGCGCCGCUCUCGAGGCAGCGAUGGCCGCCACGCGCGGCAAGGUCAGCUGGGCCGACCUCGAGGACUCCCCGCUCUCGGGCGGCGGCGCACCCCCCGCGGCCGUGCGCGCCCGCUGGGCCGACCUGGCAGAGGACGAGGCGACGUCACCGCGGGGUGCCGCCGAGGCCAGCUGCGCGGCGGCCGCCCGCGACCUCGACGAUGCUGCCAGCGACUGCUCCACCUCCGCCGGCGACGGCGACGGCGCCGAGCCGCUCCGCGAGCGCGACGCGGAGCUGGCCAGCGACGAAGAGGACGCGGCGCAGCCGGCGCCGGCCGCGGUGUUCGCGGCCGCCGCGGCGGGCAGGGCCGCUGGGCGUCGGGCGGGCCGCGCGGAGGGCCGGCCGCGAGGCCCGGCGCCGCGCGUCUUCGGUGCCGCCGCGCACAGGCAGGGCUGGGAGGGCAGCGGCUCCUCGUGGGGACGCUCGAGAGCAGCGUGGCAGGGCCAGGAGAGCUGGGGCGCCUGGGGCCGGCCAGACUCGUGGAAAGACGCGGGCGCCCCCCGGCAGCUUCGGCACCCGCGGCGCCACGGCGCGGCGGUCGCGGGCGGGAAGCGCCAGUGCCAGUUCACCAUCGGCAUCGAGGAGGAGCCGCAGUUCCGCGUCGUGCGCAGGCUGCUCGGGGAGCACGGGAAGCACGUGAAGCGCAUCUCGGAGGCGUCGGGCGGCGCAAAGCUGCGGCUCCGGGGCCGGGGCUCCGGCUUCCUGGAGGGGCCCGAGCAGCAGGAGUCUGGCGACCCGCUCAUGCUGUGCGUCAGUGCGCCGGACGAGCGCUCGUACGGCAACGCCGUGCGCCUCGUGCGCGAGCACCUGGAGACCGUCUACGAGCAGCACCGCGCCGCCCGCCCUGGCGCCGCAGAGCUGCGCGUCCGCCUGCACGAGGGCCCCCGCGAGGGGAGCUGCUGACGGAGGCGCUCUGCCGCCGCGCCCGGGGCUGGCGAGGGGGGUGGCCCCUCGGGCGCGCCUGGGGCCAGCGGGGGUUGCCAGCCUCGCUCGGCUGCGGCGGGGCACGCAUUCAGCCUGACGCCCGUUUUCCCCUUUCGGCCUCCUGUGAGUCACAGCCUCCUCCUCCUCCUCCUCCUCCUCCUCC